GCCCUCUGACAACCCAGCCCGCCAAGAAUACUUAUAGAGCGCUGCCAGGGCGGGACAGAGACUAGUACGGGAUCUAGACGCGAGCCAGCAUGGUGAAGAACCCGAGUAAGGAGAAGAUUGUGGCCCCAGUGAAGGAGUCUAAGGGUCACAAGAAAGAAAUGCCUGGGCAGAAGAAGAAGGCGCUAACACCGUACCAGGGGAAGAGGAGAGCCUUCGGGCACUUCUACUGCGAGGAGUGUGACAAGGAGUGGACCUCAGCUAACUCCUGGGCCAACUGUUACCAGAUCUGCAGGGACUGUGACUCGCGUGUUUAUCCUUAUAAGCAGCUAAGGCUUCAGAAAGGAGAGGGAGACACUAAGAAGAGAAAGCCGCACCGUAUGGACCUCUGCCAGCGGUGCAUUGAGACGGGGACCCGCUGCUGGGAGAUGGUGGAGUGGCCCCGUAAGAAGUCAUGAGGAGUCCACCGGGACACCACAAGGCCGCCAUAGCUACACCAGCACGGCCCCGGGUUGACAAAGGGAUGUAGGACGGAAAACCGCUUAGAUCUAACCUCGUGGGAUUCAAGAACCAUGUUUGUGAUUGUUGGAAAGUAUCGAGAUUGUUGUUUUAAUUUAUUUGUUUGUGAUUUAUUUGUUUAUGUUUAAAGUUAUUGGAGAGUACGUCUUAUGGUUAUUACUUGAUUAUUUAUCAUUAUUUUCAUUUAUUUAUACUUAUUCUUUUGUUUUAGUGUGUGUGUGUGUGUGUGUGUGUGUGUGUGUGUGUGUGUGUGUGUGUGUGUGUGUGUGUGUGUGUGUGUGUGUGUGUGU